GUUCUAUCUUCCCCGCGCCCGAUUUGCCUUCAUUCACGUCGACAUUAUUGGCCCCAUGCCUAUUUCACAAGGCUACCGAUACUGUUUUACCGCUGUGGAUCGUUUCACACGUUGGCCCGAAGUCGUACCUAUGGUGGAUAUGACAGCGGAAACUGUCGGAAGAGCACUGAUAUCGUGGAUAUCGAGAUUUGGAUGUCCAACAGAUAUUAUCACCGACAGAGGGCGACAGUUUGAAUCUUCACUUUUCCAAUACCUUGGCAAAGCAAUUGGAUUCAAACACCGCCGAACAACAGCAUAUCAUCCUGCGUGUAACGGCCUUGUCGAACGAUUCCACAGGCAGUUAAAAGCGGCAAUAAUGUGCCAUGCCGACGGGAAUUGGGUGGAUACGUUACCUUUGGUGCUGUUAGGAAUUAGAAGCGCAUUUAAAGAUGACCUACAAACGUCAUCAGCCGAGUUGGUCUACGGUGAGCCCUUACGUUUACCCGGAGAAUUUUUCCAGGCAACAGUCCCUCACUCCACCGAUAUAUCGGACUUUACCACUCGGUUGCGCCAACUAACAUCAAAGCUACAACCCACACCUGCUUCUCGUCAUAACAAACACAAAAUCUUCAUAUAUAAAGACUUAACUUCGUCUAGUCACGUAUUUUUAAGGGACGAUGCAUUGCGUGGUUCUUUGCAGCCUCCUUACACCGGCCCCUACGAAGUACUAGAACGUGGCGACAAAACUUUUAAAAUUUUAGUAAAGGGUAAGAGUGUCACUGUAUCCAUAGAUCGACUCAAACCGGCCUAUAUGCAGACUGACCCAUCUCCCACCCCUGCCACUACCCCAAUUAACCCCGGUAAUCCUAAUCUCUCUUCUCCGUCUGACCCUGUUCCUUUAGCACGGAACACUCCAGUUCAAGAUGACGUCAAAAAGUCACGAUCAGGUCGCAUAAUUCGCUUCCCGGAUUACUUUCGCCCGUAGUGACGGUCUCUGGAGGGGAGUGAUGUAGCCUACUUCCUUACAUUCACACUUACACACAGCACUUAUAUAUAUAUUAUAUUAUUUACAAUAUUAGUAUCUAUUUACACAACAUAUUAAACACUAUAUUAUACACGGCAUUCAAAUCGUGCAAUGGAAACACGCGCGAUCGCUUCCUUAAACUCGUUUCACAUACGCACACAAGCGCGCGUCGGCCACCGGCCGGGCGCGCGCGCCG